CCAUACAACUCUAUGCACAAGGAGUACUUUUAUCAAUUUCCACUAGUUUUUGUUUGACAUACAUUUUCUCACCAUCACUCUUUUACCAUGGAAGGGCCCUCCUACUCUGCGGUCUGUGCACUUUAAUGAAAUCUCUGGCACCGCCGGUGAUUGGCUACAUCGGUCACGUGGGUGAGUUCUUCGGUCCUGGGGAAAAUGGGGUUUGGUGUAAAUCCAGGGUGUAUUGCUGUCAUAUAUCAUGCUACCUCGUAAAAACGACACUGAAGAUUCUGGCCCAACAAAUCACAGAGAAAAAAAUAUGAGUUCUUAUUAUGUGGAUGGUCUUUUUAACAAAUAUACGGCGAGCAGUUCUUUUUUCCCAAACGCAGACCUAGGUUCGUGCGCUCUUGGACCCGAUGGAGAAGGACCCGCAUCGGCUCACAGUGCCGCAGCCCCUGCCUUCCCACCGUCCCUAUCCGGACUUUACAACGUCAACAAUGCAAUCUACCAGAGCCACCCAAUGUUUAGCCCUUGUUAUGGCCAGGGGCAGGACGUUCGCAGUCUGCACUGCAGCUCCUUCAACCAGAGCCGUCUGUUCGGGGACAGCUGCGUCCAGCCGGGGCCCCUCACCUCGCCAGAGGACAAACACUACCGGAUGUACCCCUGGAUGAAAACAUCAGAUCCAAACCGAAAGCGUGGACGUCAGACCUACUCCCGGUACCAGACACUGGAGCUGGAGAAAGAAUUCCACUUCAACCGGUACCUGACCCGCCGGAGGCGGGUGGAGAUAGCACAAGCGCUCUGCCUGACCGAGCGCCAGAUCAAAAUCUGGUUCCAGAACCGGAGGAUGAAGUGGAAGAAAGAUCACAAGGACGAGUCCUCGAGCUCGACCCCCGGUGCCACGGGCGAGGACGUAAACGAGGACGAUGACAGUGAUCCGGUAACCGACGGACAGUCCAAGGCCGAGGACGCCGAGUACGGAGACUCCCCGUUCACCGGUGUGGCGUCAGAAACCCCUGCAAGAGGAGAUGGAGACAUAGAGGCUAUUAGAAACACUCCAUAAAU